AUCGUUAUUUCACUGACAGUCAUAGUGAUAGUGAUUCUAGUGCUGAGAAGUGCAGUGGAAAUUACUCUGCUAAAACGAGAGCUAAAGUUGGAGCUACAAAAUCAAUCAGUUGAGCUCUCCAAGUUCUCAGAGCCAACAUAUGCAGAUCCAGACCACCAGUAAUGAGGCAGUGAGAGGGACUGGAAGGACAGCUGAAGAUGAUUAUGAAGUACCACAAAACCUUCCCCCCCCCAC